GAUUUCGCUCAGGUGUUACCAGUACGAGCUACCUCGACCAGGUCACCCCGGCAUCACCCUGGCUAACGAUCUGUCCGGAGGUACCGGGGGUCCCGGUGCGGGCGGCGUCGGUUCCGUCGGCGGUACUUCCGUCGGCGGCGGCGGAGGCGGCGGCGGCGGCGGCAGCGGUGGCGGCUCGUCCCUGCCGACGACCGCCCUCAGCCUCGAUCACCAGCAAUUCAACAUCUUCCCGGCGAUCUUCAGCCGGCAGCUCAACUUCUCCGCGGCGGCGGCCGCCAACUGCGGCCAGAACAAGUUGAUGGACGAGUUAAGGCCGAAUCUGGGUCUCCUCGGCGUCGGUCUGGUCGAGAACGACAGCUUCCACCUGAAUCACAAUCAGGAGAAGAGGAAGUGCAGCAGCGCCAGCUCGAAUGAGCAGGAUUUCGGUCUCUAUGGGGUGCAUCAGGGCCUGGAGGCGAGCCCGCCGACGCCCGCCGCGACUCCUGGCAGAAGCAGCGUCGGGGCUACCACGACUGUCGGAGCAGAAGGAGCUUUUAAAAAGUUAAAGCCCGACCCCUGCGCCUCUAGUCCUCACAUCGGCCACACACCUACAACAGCUAGUUGUCCAACACCAGCCCGACGGCGACACAGGACUACUUUUACACAGGAGCAGCUGGCAGAAUUGGAAUCGGCGUUCGCAAAAUCUCAUUAUCCGGACAUAUACUGCAGGGAGGAAUUGGCGAGGACCACUAAAUUGAACGAGGCCAGAAUUCAGGUUUGGUUCCAGAACAGAAGAGCGAAAUACCGGAAGCAGGAGAAGCAACUGCAGAAGGCUUUGACACCAAUUCCCGCCUGCCAAGGUGCCAUGAUGAGGAAUAUCUAUCCUGGUGCUAGCAGAGGUUAUCAACCCUACCCCCAUCCUCACAACAGCAUAAAUGGCAUAAAUCGUUAUCCCCAGAUGGGCACGACGUCUUAUCCGAGCAUGACCCAGCCGUUCUCCAUGUCGCAUUCAGCGUCGAAUAUGUCGGCCGUCACCGGAAUGCGACAAGAUGCAAUGGGGAUGUCAGCGGAGGACGAAUGGUACAACAAGAGCAUCUCGGCUCUGAGAAUGAAUACAGCUCAUCACCCGAACCUGGCCGCACCCAUGUUACAAUAUCAAACAUAAUUGUAAACGGAGGCGGAAGGGCGAUUCAAGGAUCUCGUCAAAAAUCCGGUGUUACACUUAUAAUCGAACAACGGGGGAAGAAAAAACAAGAGUGAAAGAACGACGAGAUCGACAAAGCCCGAUCGACGUUUCGCCGUUUCGCAAAUGAAAAAGGCAAGAGAUAAAAGCAGAAACACGGAUGAUGAUCUAUUUGCGUUAUCGCUAAUCGGCCGCAUCGACAUCCUGAUUUCGCGACACAUCCUCGCAUUUCGCUUUGUAGCAAAUGGGCUCGGUUCGCAUAUAUUGCGAAUACACGCGCGUGAAAGCUAUCAUCGAUUACGUUUCGGAUUUCGUCACACACAUACACACACACACACACACACACAUAUAUAUUUAUAUAUAUUGUUUUGGGCGAGCUAAAUAUUAUUAUUAAGCGCGGCGUUAAAUUCGAUUAAGCGCUAUGAUGAAAUAGCGGCAUUUAUUUCCAGCAUCCGGAAUGUGAGCUGCGAAAGAAAUAUUUGUUGCAGAAUUUCAAUUGGCAUCUACUUAUUUAAAUUCUCGUCUAUGACUGCUCGUGUGAUUACCGCGACAUAGAAUGUAUUACGAUCGACGUACAGAUUAUUUCUAAUAUCGCGUAUUUUUUUUGAAUCUCUUGCAAAUUUCUGGUAGAUCUUUUCUCGUAUAAAUCUUGAAUUAAAAUUCUUUUAAAUUCUUAUAAAGUUAAUUUUAGGAGCAACUCUGCACAUAAAAAAAUGUUUUAUUUGUCAUAUUUUAUAUAUAUUUUUUUAAU